GCGGUUAACAGUUAUUAUAAGGUCUGGAUCCUGAGGCAAAAGUAUUCGAGAAACACAUUUUUUCCGUAGUUUGUAGAAAAAAUAUCUGAAACCACCUUGAGCUGGUUUGCUUUUCUUGGCUGACUUAGCUUGCCUAGCUGACAAUGCACCAAAUUCCUUGAGAAAUAUUUUGUCAUCUCGUGUGCGCGUGCGCGUGCGUACUGGUUUCAUAAACAAGACUCCUGCCUUUUCUGCCUUCCCCUGACAUGUCAAAUAUCUCUUUUUGCAGCACAUAAUAUGAUGACAGCUCUGAAUCUGAAAUCAAAUGCUGGGUUCAUGCGUCUGAAGACACACCCCUCUGGCUCUUCUUAAGACGCAGCAGGCUUUCAAAACAAACCAGCAAUCCUUUGCCUCUCUUUAUGUCUCAGCCAAUUGGGUGGUGUUUUGCAGAAGAAUUCUGAUUGGUCUGAGAGCACACAAGCACCAGGGCUUUUUCCAGCCCGCAGGAGAGAAGAGAGAGAGACUGGAGGAGAGAUCUCAGAGUGAUCAUAGGAAGACAGAAGACCUUACAGAGGAGGCAAGUUCUGCCUGUGUGAGUGUGUGUGCGGUCUCCCAAAAGCUGCGGGACGAUGACAUGUUGGGAAAAGGGCCAGUGAUGGGGUCCAGAAGCACUCUCAACAUGCCAGGGUCACAGUGAGAUUCUCCAGUCGUGUCAACACUAGUUCCAUCAGUGUCCGUCAGAACCAGACAGCAUGCAGAACCUUCGGCAUGCUGCCUCCGAGGCUUUCCAGCGUCUCGGGAUAAAGCAAAGGCAUCUGGGAUACGAGGAGCUGGAUGAUGUGGCCGGAGUGGAGAAACCACAGCCGCACUGGUUUCACACGCUGCAGGUGAGACGGCUCAGGGUUCAGAGAGGUCGCAGUAACAGUGAUCCGUCCGGAGGAAAGAGCUUCCAACAGGAGUUUCAGUGGAAAACAGGCCUGCAGUUUGGUAAUGCGACGUCUUACCUGAACCUGGAGAAACUCGGAGAGGGCUCGUACGCCACAGUAUACAAAGGAAUUAGCAGGAUAAACGGUCAUCUGGUGGCUUUGAAGGUGAUUCACAUGAAAACCGAGGAGGGGAUUCCGUUCACAGCCAUUAGAGAAGCCUCCUUGUUAAAAGGCCUGAAACACGCCAACAUCGUCCUGCUCCACGACAUCAUCCACACGCGAGAAUCUCUCACCUUUGUCUUUGAAUACGUGCAAACAGAUUUGGCUCAGUACAUGACUCAGCAUCCGGGCGGCCUGCACUCAUAUAACGUCAGGCUCUUCAUGUUUCAGUUGUUGCGGGGACUGUCUUACAUUCACAGCCGCAGGAUUUUGCAUCGAGACCUCAAACCUCAGAAUCUGCUCAUCAGCUAUCUGGGAGAACUCAAACUGGCUGAUUUUGGACUGGCCCGAUCGCAGUCCAUACCGUGCCAGACGUACUCAGCGGAAGUCGUGACUUUAUGGUAUCGACCUCCUGAUGUUCUCAUGGGUUCCACUGAUUACUCCACGGCCCUGGACAUCUGGGGAGCUGGCUGCAUUUUCAUUGAGAUGCUGCAGGGGUCACCAGCGUUUCCAGGAGUAGCAGAUGUUUUUGAGCAGCUCUUGAAGAUCUGGACAGUUCUCGGGCUCCCGACUGAGGAGAGCUUGCCAGGUGUCAGUGAUCUGCCAAACUAUAAACCAGAGUGGUUCCUGCCCUGCAAGCCCCAGCAGUUUCGAGAUGUCUGGAAAAGGCUCGCUCAGUUACCUUAUAAGACGGAGGAUCUAGCCCAGCAGAUGCUGAUGAUAAAUCCAAAGGACAGGGUUUCGGCCCACGAUGCAUUGCCGCACCCAUAUUUCAACACUCUUCCACCUCCGUUAAUGCAUCUGAGAGACACUGUGUCCAUCUUUAAAGUGCCGGGCGUGAGGUUGGAGACGGAAGCGAGGGAUAUCUUCAGCCCCGGCAGGCGAAUUCAAUCGCCCCUCGCUCCUUUGGCCAAAUGCUGGUGAAAGACCGACCUUGCGUGCUUGUCGAAAAUGACACCAACAGCAGUAAAUGUGAUGCGGUAUUUCAGCAUGACAGUGUGUUUGUUGUUUAUUUUGGGGGAUUUUGAAAGUGGGGGAACGCUGAAAUCUGUUCGUGAUUCUGGAUUGUCUGCUUUAUUGCCAUCUACAGUAUAUGCUAAUGUACUCAUCAUCAACAACAGCUAGGGAUGGGUGAUAUAUAAUGAAAUAUUAUUAAGGUAGUAAAAGAUAUAUAAAUGUCCAGAAUAUUGAUUAUUGAUGAAAAUUCAGAUUAAUGUGCCAAAAGCAGCACUGAUAUGCGCUUUCACAUCAGCUUUACGUGUCACGAUUAGCACAAAAUGACACGCGUGUGGAUGAUGAAUGAAUCCCCAAAAAGAACAUUGAAUCUCUGGUUUAGUUUUCAGAAAAUACAUACUAAAUAAAAUCAUUUGCGAGGCGUGCCAAAAGACAAUUGGGACAACGCUUGGUAUCGCAAACAUUGUGUUUCUCUCAACUGUUUGUGUAAUAGAAAUUAGACACCAUGUUCCAAAUCAUGUUUUCAAUGAAUUAUUCUCAAGUAAAAGCAAAAAAGUGUCAUCAGAAUGAUGAAAGAUUUCAAGAUCAGAUGUUAUAGGAAUAUAUCACCCAGCCUGUUUGGGAAUACAGAUCUAAAGAAUUCAAUGAGUCACCCUGCACUCACUCGUUUCGUCCAAUCAAACGCUCUGCAGAGCGAGACUGGCCCGCCCCCAGACCUACUUCUGUCUAAUUCAUGCCUGAUAUGUGAGCUAAAGGCAAAAAUAAAAAGAGCUGUCCACAAUUUACUUUCCCUUUUUUAAAAUAAGAUUCAUGUCAGCAUGGUAAAGAAAACUGCAUUGGGACUUUAAAGAUGUUUGUGGGCGAGACACUGAAUUGAGACCGAAUGUGUGUACUGGAUCAUAUAAACACCGGAGCACACUGGAAUUUACUGAACAAACUGCCAACGUUUAUUUAUUUUUUAUUAAGGAGCCGGAAUGACAUGCUGACUCUUUCGAUCUCCGGCUGUAUGCAAAGAUGUACAGCAGACUUCAUUUGUAAAGCGAAUAAAUGACACGCACUUAUUAAUUCUGAUGUGUAAUUGAAUAUUUGUAAAUAGUGCACAGAGACGUCAAAGAGUGAGAUAUGAUGUAAUAUUAAAAUAUGUGACAGAAAACUGAUCCAUCAAAGCCGUGAUGUGCUGUAAUCCGCAAGUGUAACAUCUGUUCAUGCAUUAAAACACACCUGGUGAUGAUCUUAGUCACCUCAUCUUCCCUUUCUAUGUGUCAAAACUUGUAAAACUGCGUUUUUACCUGCAGUUAUGUAUCUGAUUUGUAACAAAAAGGAUGCUAUGUUUAUGUAUUAAAGGAAUAGUUAGUUCACCUUCAAAUGAAAAUUGUGUCAUUUUUUACACGCCCGCUUGUCAUGUCAAACCUGUGUGACUUUCUUUCUUCUGCAGAACACAAAAGAAGAUAUUUUGAAAAAUGUGGGUAGCAGAAAACCCUUGGUCUCCAUUGACUUGCACUGGUUUUGUGUCCAUAUUAUAGAUAUCAGUGGGACCAACGGUUUUCUGUUACCAACUUUUUUCAAAAUAUCUCAUUUUUGUUUUGCAGAAGGAAAUUUAAAGGGGUCAUAUGACACGGUUAAAGCGAAUAUUAUGGUUUGUUUUAGAUGUAAUGCAAUGUGUAUUUAAGGUUCAAAAACGCUGUAUUUUCCACAAACCGUGCAUGUUUGUAUCUCCUCUUUGCUCCGCCUCUCUGAAACGCAUAGAUUUUUAACAAAGCUCGUGGCUCUGAAAAGCGAGGUGUGCUGUGAUUGGCCAGUUCACCAGUGCGUAGUGAUUGGUGGAAUACUGCAAGCGUGUGAGGGAAAUGUAACGCCUCUAACCAUAUUUGGAACAUCAGGUUCCUCUUCAAUUGUACUGACAGGUACGCCCACCUUACUUGCGUAUACAUUUGGGAGGUCUUAGUCAAAUCAGACCACCAACUGACAUAGAUUUGUGGGGGUGUGGCUACACGAGGCGUUUCAGGCAGGUCUGGGUGAGCAUUCGCUUUUACGUAGAAUGCAUCUUUUGUUCCCACACUUUCAUUUCUGCAAUUUUACGUGUCUAAUACAUGCAUGAGCAACUUAUAACACACCAAAAACACAAAAAAACACGCAUUCGCACCAUAUGACCCCUUUAAAAUGACAACAGAAUGAUGAGGAAUUUUCAUUUUGAAGGUGAACUGUUCCUUUAAGUCAACAAUGUCUGUGUCAUACAAAAAUACAGAGACUCUGAUGUGUGCAUGCUUCUCAGUCAAUGUUCACAGAUGUACAACAGUUCCGUUUGCUAGAGAUUUGUUGUGUUAGUCUAUAGCGGAUGUUUAGUCACUUGAACAUGAUAUUCAAAAAAGUCUUUCUUAAAUUGUUUAAAAUCGAAAUGUGUGUUCACAAAUAAAUAUUGUAAGAAAAUACACCAGGUAUAGCUUGUCUAAGC